AUGACGUCAGAAUUCUAUCAAGAUAUACAUAAAGCGGUACAUCUCAUAGGAGCAGGAAACACGGCGUAUCACACCGAGUAUAAUCAGCUCUAUCCACAUUUGAAGUCGUUUACCGAUGACCAAUUGUGCAAGUUACAGUAUAUUGAUACUGUUCCAGAGAUAUUAACCUACUUGACGACAACCAAACGAGGCCAAUGGACCAAUACCUUCAAAAUUAUAAGCAAUUGGCUCCUAGAGAUUGGUAUAAGCAAGCGUUUUGUCUCCCGCCUUCGCUCCAAGCCACCUAUCUGCCGCGCUGCAUUAUUAGCUGAAAGGGUCAAUAUUAACGAUAUCGCCCCUGUAUUGAUAUUUACAUUCACUGGUGUUAUUGCCUCUCUCAUACUGUUAGGUGUAGAAAUAUUCGUUUUUAAAUUUAAAGGGAAAAAAUCGGAUGUAUCGACAUCCGAUUUGAUCGAAAAUUUGGAGGAUGACGAU